CGUCUCCAACAAGAGCACUCAACCGAUAGAUCUUUCUCUUUUUGCCGUUUUGCAUCAUUUUUGAACUUCCAUUUUUCCCUAAAGAAAAACCCAUCAAAAGUCACUGAUCGCUUUCACCGCCAGCGAACUCGCGAGUUGUUCUCGUUGAAGUUGGAGAAACUUUUGUGAUUUAGGGAUUGUUUGGUAUACAGGGGAGACUUAAAAAGGAAGUUAAGUGUUUGUGUUGGAACUGAUGGGGUUUUUAAGUACUAUUUUGGGUUUAUGUGGUUUUGGAGUUGGGAUUUCAGCGGGUCUUGUUAUCGGUUACUAUCUCUUCAUCUUCUUUCAGCCUAGCGAUGUCAAGGAUCCUGAAAUCCGUCCAUUGGUUGAGCAAGACUCGGAGACUUUACAAAGGAUGCUUCCAGAGAUACCGCUAUGGGUAAAAAACCCAGAUUAUGAUCGUGUUGACUGGGUAAACAAGUUUUUGGAAUAUAUGUGGCCUUAUCUUGACAAGGCCAUUUGCAUGACUGCCAAGAAUAUUGCCAAACCCAUAAUAGAGGAGCAAAUUCCCAAGUACAAAAUUGAUGCUGUCGAAUUUGAAAAGCUUUCAUUAGGAUCUUUGCCGCCAACUUUCCAAGGUAUGAAGGUGUAUGUCACAGAAGAAAAGGAGUUAAUUAUGGAACCAUUAAUAAAGUGGGCUGCAAAUCCUGAUGUUACUCUUGCUGUAAAAGCAUUUGGCCUAAAGGCAACUGUCCAGGUUGUGGAUUUGCAAGUGUUCGCUCUACCACGUAUUACCUUAAAGCCUUUGGUUCCAAGCUUUCCUUGUUUUGCAAAUAUCUUCGUGUCCUUGAUGGAGAAGCCAUAUAUUGACUUUGGAUUGAAGCUUAUCGGGGCUGAUCUCAUGUCCAUACCUGGUCUUUACAGGUUUGUCCAGGAACUCAUCAAAGAUCAGGUUGCAAACAUGUAUCUUUGGCCUAAAACCCUGCAAGUACCAGUUCUGGAUCCAUCAAAAGCUUUUAAGAGGCCUGUAGGAAUUCUCCAUGUGAAAGUUAUAAGGGCAAUGAAGCUAAAGAAAAAAGAUAUUUUGGGUGCAUCAGACCCUUAUGUUAAAAUAAAGCUAACUGAGGAUAAGCUUACAUCUAAGAAAACUGCUGUGAAGCAUAAGAACCUGAACCCUGAAUGGAAUGAGGAACAUAAUAUGAUUGUCAAAGAUCCCCAGACCCAGGCCUUGGAGCUUCAUGUUUAUGACUGGGAGCGGGUAAGAUUUACAAUUUUUUUUCUUUUUAGUUUAUUUGAAGUUCUAUCAUUUGUUUCUAUUGUUACCUUAACUAUUUAUUCUUGUUCUCAGGUUGGGAAGCAUGACAAGAUGGGAAUGAAUGUGGUUCCUUUGAAAGAACUUACUCCUGAUGAGCCCAAAGUUUUGACCCUUGAACUUCUUAAAAAUAUGGACUUAAAUGAUGCUGAAAACAAGAAGUCGCAUGGGCAGCUUGAGGUGGAGCUAACAUAUAAACCCUUCAAAGAAGAUGAAAUACCAAAAUCUUUUGAUGAGUCAAAAUCACUGCAGAGGGCUCCUGAUACUACACCUGAUGGUGGAGGAGUGCUUGUAGUCGUUAUCCACGAGGCGCAAGAUGUUGAAGGAAAGCACCACACGAAUCCAUAUGUGACAGUUCUUUUUAGAGGCGAGAAGAAAAAGACUAAGCAUGUAAAGAAAAACAGAGAUCCAAGAUGGGAAGAGGAAUUCACAUUUAUGCUGGAUGAGCCUCCCGUUAACGAUAAAUUGCACGUGGAAGUUCUCAGCAGUUCGUCAGGGAUUGGCCUGCUGCAUCCGAAGGAAACACUAGGUUAUGUCGAUAUAAAUCUUUCCGACGUUGUUAACAACAAAAGAAUCAAUGAGAGGUACCAUCUGAUAGACUCGAAGAACGGACGGAUCCAGAUCGAGUUGCAAUGGAGAACUAAAUGAUUCCAUUUCUUGAAUUCAGGAUUACACCAUACAUACAUACAGACAGACA